AUGCUUGAAUUGGUGGGUGUCUCUUGGGUUGUCCACGACUCCACUAAAUAUCAAGCACUUGGCUUUAUGUUGACUGCAGAACUCAUAUCAAGUAAUGGAUACGUUAUAGCCAAGUCGAGCCAACCGAGCAUGUUGCGGUUUAGAAGCCUCCUGGUCCGGCUCAUGCGAGCAAUCUUUAUGGGCAUACCCUUGCUGCUAGGAAUAACAGAGGAAACCCAAAAGAUAACCAUCCCAAUAUUGAAGCACAAGGAAGGGUACCCGAGAACAGAAGCCAUCAGGAUAUCAAUGGUUCCCCAGGCCGGUACUUCUUUUGUUCCGCAGUUGUAUGAAGGCAAAAUCAUCAUCAACUCCCAGCUCCCUUGGAGUAAAGAAAUAGUCCGCCGAUGGAAAUGGACGUUUUGCGUGUGGACAUCCAUACACAUUUACAUUAUGCUGCUCAUAAUUCUUGUGCGUUGCUUUACGCCGCUUAUUUUCCCAAUAACAACACCAACUCGUACGAUUCCUACCGAUCGUGGUGAUGAGCAAGAAGUCACGACCACGGAGGUAAGGAAAGAACCCCGGGUCCGGGAGGGAAGAAAGGAGGAAAGAGAAGUUUCGGAAGCAUUGAGAAGAUGGAAACAAAGUAGAAGCGAGAGAAAGGCCAUGCUUUUGCGCGGGGUUUCGCCUGCUUCGAGCACUAGUAAUAUAACCAGAGAAGAGACGUUUGUAGCUCCUACUACUACUACUGAAGAUGUAGGGGAUUCAGAAUCUGUCACUUUUGGAGGUUCUACAGAGUGA